UGUGUCAUAACUGUCGUGUAUUGUUGUGUUGUUGCACUACGUAUUUUAUGAAAUUAAGUUCAUUAUUCACUUCUCUAAGUAGUAUAAGUGCUUCUUGCAUUACACUUAAUACUGAUAUAUCAAUAACUACACAAUGGGUUGUGAUGGCGGUACCAUUCCUCGGCGAGAUGAACUCGUUCGUAUGAAAAAGAAACCAGAGCAAAAAGACAAAGAUGCGGAACGCUCGUUCAAGUGGCGCAACUGUGCGCUGUCCCAGCAGCCCCUGCAGGAGCCCGUGGUGGCUUGCGGGCUCGGCCGCCUCUACAGCAAGAGCUCCGUGCUCGAAGCCUUGCUCGACAAGGAAACUAAGCCUGAAUCUAUCAGCCAUAUUAAAAACAUGAAGGACAUCAAAGACUUGAAACUAGUGAAGAACCCUGCCUACGUGGCCACUGAGCACACAGAUGGAGCUGUAGGAGACAGCUCUCCAUACAUCUGCCCCAUCAGCGGGAUCGAGAUGUCUGGCAAGUUCCGGUUCGUCUUCCUCUGGAGCUGUGGCUGUGUGCUCGCCGAGAGGGCGCUCAAGGAGGUCAAGCAACACCUCUGCCACAUGUGCCAGGCACCCUUCACUGACAAUGACGUCAUCAUUCUCAAUGGAACAGAAGAAGACAUUGAACUACUCAAAACUAAAAUGGCCACCCGAGUCGCUAACAGGAAAACCAAGAAAUCCAAAGCAGACAAACACAUCAAAACAGAAGCCACAAGUUCUUGCACAGUUACCUCAGAUGCCUCCUCUACCUCAACCUCAACUGAAAUCAAAACUGAGGUCAAGGAAGAACCAGAAGCAGGAUCCAGUCAGGCUGUCAAAAAAGAAAUUGAGACCAUACCUCUUUCUCUACCUAAGUAUAACCCUAACAAAGUGCCUAGAGGUCAUUUAGGGUCACAAAAGCGAGCCUUUGGCUCAAAUGAUCUGGUACAAGACCCAUCAUAUAAGAAAACAAAGAAGGAUUACAGCAUAGCCAAGGAUCCUCAGAGCUCAGAGGUGUACAAGUCUCUCUUCACGUCACAUACGAGUGAUCAGAAUCAGCAGAGGGCCCACUGGGUUACUUAUAACCCAUUCUACAAUUAACCUGAAUUUACACCUGCAUGUUUUGAAACAAAGGUUAUAUUGCAAGAAAGAGAUGCAGAUAUUUUUUACUCACUGUUACCCAUAGAUGUAAAUUCAGCUUUAGUCUUGUUUAGGCAACAAUUCGGAUGCAGCAUAAUAGAACAUAAUAUAUAGUUGACUAAAUUAAGAUUACCUAAUUUUUCACUGUUUCCAAUUUACAUUUGCUGAAUCAUGUGACUGCCAGCCAGCCAGUUUAUAGAAUUAAUUGAAUGUUUUAGAAAUGAAUGCCUAUUCUGUUAUGAUUAAGGAAUAUUGCUAAUUUAAUUAAAGAAAAGAAUGAAAUAAU